AUGAUGGUGGAGAAGAAGGUGAAAGAGGAGGAGGUGGUGGCACUGGAGAUUACAGACUGUUUUCCAGAAAAGGAGGAUGACAUAAGGAUAAGCACAUCACAACAAUGUUAUGGACAAUACUGCAUCACACUUAGUGAGACACUAACAGCAGAGGCUGGACUCUGUGUUGUGAUCCCGUGUUCUUUCACUACUGGUUUUGGAUUUACACCCAGACAUAUAGUUUGGUACAAAUGUAAAUAUACUACAUGUGAAUAUUAUGAUGAAAUAAUAUUUCACACCAAUAAAAACAUCCAUGUUCAGAAUGGCUUUGAAGGACGUGUGUCACUCUUAGAGCCUGAUAUAAGACAGAACAACUGCAGCAUCAUCAUUAAUGAUAUCAAAGAGUCAGAUUCUGGAUCGUAUCGGAUCAGAGUUAAUGGUGAACGGAAUUUGAGAGAAGAUGGAUUUGCAUCUAUUCAAAGGACAACUGUCUCAGUUGAAGGUCUUAGUCAGAAACCCAGAGUUAAGAUUCCCACACUGAAAGAGGGACAACAGGCCACACUGACCUGUGUUGCUCCUGGUCUCUGCUCUGGAUCUGUUCCUGAAAUCACCUGGACAUGGAGAGGAGCACGAGGGACUGAUUCUUACAUUACAGGAAACAUUACUUCUUUCAGGACUAAAAAUCUAACUGCUUUCACACAAAGACACAUUUCAACUCUGACUUUCAACUCCUCUGCUGAACACCACAACACCAAUGUCACCUGUAAAAUCCGCUUCACUGGGGAAAAAACUACGGAGGGGGGUUCAACUUUAAAAGUAAACUAUGUGAAGGAAGUUAACGUCACCUGGGGCACAAAUGUGAAGGAGGGUGAAACUCUGAAUCUGACCUGCAGUGUUGAAAGUUUUCCUCCAUCUCUGAUUAUGUGGUCUAAACUUGGUUCUGAUAUAACCCUGCACAAUGACACUGGAUCAGCCACACUCUCCAUAAUUAAUGCUACAACUGAACAUUCUGGACAGUACGUCUGUACAGCAAAACAUAUGAACAAUACCCUGCAGGAAAACAUCAACAUAACAGUGACAUCAGCUCGUGUGAAACAUUGUGGUUCUUACAGUACAGUUCUUCCCUGGAUUGUUGCUGGUGUAUCUCUCACUUUGAAUGCCUUCUGCAUAACCUACAUAUGGUUCCUUUGGAAUUCAAGAAAAAAGGUGAACAUACAUCAGGAGGAGAGAACCUACAUGUCACUGCAAAAAGCGGAUGUGUCACCAGAUUAUGAUGUUAUUGCACAACAUGUAAACUGAAAAGUCAGGCGUCAGAUUUCCAGUCACAAGUUUCAGAUAGCUGUGCUUUUGUAAUGGCAGUCUGUUAUUGUUUUGUUAAUUAUUUUUUACAUUGCAUUGUAGGGAAUGUUUUAUAUGUAACAAACUACACUUUUUAUUUCAACUUAUACAUAGAGUCCAUUAAAAUUGUUCACAAAGGAACUGAAUUGAACUGAAUUGGUGGGAGAAGCAGGUGAGAAAAUAGGGCUACACCCUCAUAGAUGGGCACAGGAAAACACAGUGCCCAAGUCAAAAAAAACACCAGACACUCAGUUUUCGCUUGUUCCUUCCUUACCAUUGCUAACUAACAUAUUAAGUGUAUUGCCAGGCAAACACUUGCAAAUUAAUGUCAGAGUUUCACCUCUGAUACUGCUGGAUAAACAGAAACUCACUCAGGAACGAGGUCACACAGAGCUCUGGUUUACACUCGCCCCGAGGGAAGCAGUUGUCUCCAACCCACUUCAACUUGCUUCCCACUGCAGGUUGCUUUUAUUGUUUACACACAUGAAUAUUCAUAAAGCUUGUUGAUGUGUUAACUAAGACAAAUUACUAUAUAUGGUUACAAAGUGUGUUGUGCAAGCGUGAUUAUACGAUGUGAGUGCAGCCCUCCCAGGAUGUUGUUGUUAUCUUGUCCCGCCAGGUGGCUUCUUUCAUUGAGUGGAGUCUGUUCUUCUCAAGGCUGCUUGUUCUCUUUAUGGAGGUCGUGCACAUACUCAUAUGCGUGGGUUACAUAGGGAGCAAACAAAAGCAUUCAGGCUUUUUAAAUGGCAACCUACAACACAUUAACCCUAACAUUUAUAGUCUUCUAUUCUUACUACAGCUCAUUAUUUGUCAGUGCUUCUCUUUACA